GCGGAACUGUUCCACAAACGACUUCGAAGACGAGUCGGUAAGCGAGCGCUCAGUGGACACAAGAUUUGGUUUUGUCUCAAAUACAAGAACUUAUCGCAAAAAUACCACUACAAGACAUACAAAGAGGUGAACAAAAGCAAAAGCCAACUCUUGUCCAUCGAUUGUCUGCAAAUCGUUUCAAUGAGUCAUCCGAUGAGGGCAUUGAUCGCAAAACUGAGGACAAAGGAUGGCGAAGAGGAGUGGAAAGUGCGGCCAUUGAGUGACACGAACGCACACUUCAGCAGCAGAUCUCUUGGAUCUCUUGGCACGAGUGAUGACCGCAUUUACGCCAAUAAACGCCAACUUCUGGUGGUUGUGGGCAAAGACUGGACCAAAUGCGCUCUCAAUCCCAUCCAAAUCACCAUCAAUUACAUGGCGUUCACCGACACUGAGAUGGCGGCCAUUUAUAACGGAUCCCAUCUCCAGAAGGUUGUCCUCAUGAGAUACCAUUCAACCGAUUAUAUGCUGUUAUCGUUCGACAAGAUGUGUCCGUCCAUUAGACACGCCUUUCCACUCGACCGACAAUUUGAUGCAUUUCUGUCUCAAUUUCCACAAGAGAUUCAGAAUUUGUAUAACGAUCGCUUGCAAUCCAACUAUAGUUUUGGGUUAAGUCUGUCGUAUCUGUUCGCAGACAACGUAUGCCUCUCCGGCUCUUUCUUUCGGCUUAAAUUAGGACUUCUUCUGAAUCUCCUUUCACUCAACGAUUACUCCAAAAGAAACCACUCCUCAGUUCUCGUCAUCUGUGACGACACUCUAAUCAUAAGACGUCUGUUUGAAUGGUCGACACUCUUCACCGACCAUUCAUUCCUUCAGACAUCCAUUUCGAUGUCAAUGUCGGGAAGUGUUCGCAAACAGUCAUCAUUGGAUUGGAUUGAUUCGGGAGCCCUUCAGUUGGGCGCCGACGGCAUAACAGUGAUCACCAGCGCCUGCGGUCUCAACGAAUUGCCCGAAAAGGAGAGGACAUCACUGUUUCACGCGCUCGACACCAACGAAGUGAUUGCUCGCAACAGUGACUCACCCAUCGAGGGCUUCAAAGACGUGGAACUCAGGACAACCGUUUGGGCCGUCAUUGAGAACAACGCAGAGGAGAGAGAACUCCAGAGAUCCGCGAGAACUGUCUACAAGAGUCAAAAAGUCUUGUGGACUGAAGUCUUCGGAAUGGUUUACGUUAUCGAUGAGCCCAGAGAUGGCUACUGCUAUCAGCCAUUGAUCAACAAUCCGGUGGUUAGUCUCAAUGACUGGCAACAGAUCCUUACGCUCAUGAAUGGCAUUAAGCCUCAAAUGAGUGGAGCGGCUGAAGAACUCUUACAGAACUACUUCGUGGCCAACCGUCGCGUUCGCGGACCUCUUGUGAAACGCCUCUCAAUGGAAGCCAUUGUGUGCUUAACGAAAGCGUCGGCAAAGCUGUCCCUCCGCUCAAUCGUCACUAAAUAUGACGCUCUGAUGGCUAUACUCCUGUACGAAGAG